CGUUGUUCAAUUUGACAGCUAUAAAUACUACAGGUUUAACGUGUAUUCAAUCAUUACACAUUCUGUUCCAGUAAUCUCAGUAUAACCAUGAACACCAAACUAGUUAUUCUCGCCCUCGCCACUGUUGCCAUGGUGUCAGCUGGCGGUUAUGGACAACACAAAGGAUCUGGUAUAGGAGGAUACGGAGGGGGAUAUGGUCAUGGAGGAUACGGAGAAGAUUAUGGUUAUGAGGUAAAAGGUAUUUCAGAUGAUGGGUAUGGUGAUUAUGGUUAUAACGAAUGGGGUAUGGGAGGAAAUGGUGGAAUUAAAGAAAGCUAUGGUGGAUUCCAGGGAGGAUUUGGCGGACAUCAAGGUGGAUUCCAAUCAGGUAUUGGAGGAUAUCAAGGUGGAUAUCAAUCAGGUAUGGGAGGAGGAGAGUAUAGCCAGAACAUUGGAUCAUACGAAGGUGAAUACAGUGGUAUGCAAAAUUCUUAUCAAGGUCAAGGACAAUACGGACAAGGUAUUGGAGGUGGUUCCUCUUACCUCGGCCAGUCAGCUGGCGGUAUUGGAGGGGGUAGUUCUUACUAUGCUGGACAGUCAUCACUCGGAGGAGUAGGUGGUGGCAGUUAUUUCGCUGGGCAGUCAUCACUCGGAGGAGUAGGUGGUGGCAGUUAUUUCGCUGGACAGUCAUCACUUGGAGGAGCAGGUGGUGGCAGUUAUUAUCAAGGUUCAUCAGGAGGUUCUUUACCAAUCUACUAAAUUAGACUUAAAAAAAUCUACUGCUUGGAGUAUCAAUUGUGAUAUAUGUGUAUAUGAACUUUUUGUGAGUUAUAAAAAAAGAUCCAAAUAAUUUAAUGUAUUCCAAUAGAAAUGUGUGGUAUCUGCACGUAUUCGAUUACAUUAAUUUGUUCGACAUCUGUACAAUUCAAAUAUUCAUUUGAAAUUUAAAAAAAAUAAUAAUUUAAGAAAAAAACUUUUUUCUAGGAAUGAAUAACAAAUUUAACGAAUUCUUAGAAAUAAGUUGCAUAAUUUCUUUAUUUCUUGUUACCAUUGUUAUUUGUUAACUUCGGCAUGUAGUAUGUGUAAUUCACAAAAGUACCAAAUAAAAACAUCGAGUCGAAAAUGUCUUUGAAAAUCUAAAAUAAAACGCAUUAUUUUGCUAGCUUUAAAAAAAAUAUCGACUAAUUCGGAUUUUGUUCCAUAUUGCCUCCUUUCAAUCAAAUUUAACAUAGGGGAAAAAAACAGAAAAAGAACUAUUUUUCCGUAAUUUACGCUGACCUGAUGAUAUAAGUUACAGUGUGCAAUUGUGCAACACGAGAAUUUAUCGGGUCAAUAAAACUCAUAGCAGGUGUGAGGCGAUUAGGUCAAUGGUAUAGGGGAGAUAAUUCCAAUUGACGUAAUAAAAAAAUGUACUGAAAUUUAUUAGGACAAUAAUAUCAGCUAAUGAAAUUGCAAAAAAUUAUCAAUAUCAGGAUAAUUGUUUUUAGUAUCGUAAGUUUGUCGCGAUAUAGCCUUUUUGCGCUCAUGCGGAGUAUAGCAAACCCAAUCAAUAUUAUCGUCAGAUUAUUUAUAUUCCACAGGCCUGUGGAAGUCCGCGUAUAUUUGUUUUAGUUAAUUCUUCCUUUUAGUGUGAUGCUUUAAACUAGUGUUCAAUGUUUUUAAAGUAUUCUUUUAAAUGUACUACUAUUUACAAUAAAUGUAUUUAAACUGUG